AUGGGUUCUCAACCAUCAUCCUGGAAACUAUCAGACUUGGCAGGAGUAGCGUUCCAAGCCUUCACACAAGAAAUCAAGGAUGUUGUGGCUGAAUACCUAGAGACAGGAGCAGCAGGACCACUACUUAUGGACUACCCCAGCAACCUGUCUCAAAUGCACCUUCUACGCAAUCAAGCAGAGAAAGAAGAGAGGCGCAUCAAGCAAACAGCGAGGGACAAGUCAGGCCAAACAGAAGCUACGUUCCAGGGCUAUCUGUACCACCAAGUCCGGGAGGAAGAGCUUUUGCAGGAUUCUACCAACAAGAAUUCCAAGGAUUCCAAGACAAUUGCUCCGUCCAAACUCCAACAAUCACCAAAGCAAAACAUUUGA